CGCGCCAGACCGGGGCGGACGCGCGACGUCCAUCUUGAAUUUUUAUAUUAAAAAAAAUAAAAGUUGUGCGUUUCGUUGUUUUUUGUGGUACGUUUCGGUUUGGUGUGUGCUAAAGUGUUAUUUGGAUGAUUACAUUUGAAGUACUCAUAAAAAGGAUGUGUUCGAAAUAAAAAAGAAGAAACUGCUAAAUGUAAUUCAGUGUGGUGUAGUGAUGUGAUAGUGAUAAUAAUAUUGAGGGGAGAGUUAAAAAAAAUGGCGGAAAACGAAGGACCAGUAACGGUGCAAGAUUUACCGAUAGCUUUUCAGGUGAAGUACCUAGGUCAAAGCGACGCACGAGGCCUGUGGGGUAUCAAACACACCAGAAAACCAGUCGACCUGAUGGUGGCAGCAGCCAAAGCUUUACCACCUGGACAAAUCUUGCCAAUAGUGAGGCUGACCAUAUCCGUAGACGGUGUCCAUUUAGAGACGAUAGACCAAGGAGCGCGUCUCAGCGAAUUCGAUCACAUGUCCGUGUUCUUCAACAUCGAGUCCAUAUCGUACGGUGUACAAGACCUGGUCUACACCAGGGUAUUUUCCAUGAUCAUCGUGAAGGACAACGCUGAUGUGAAAGGAUUGAACCCGUUUGAGUGCCACGCGUUCGUCUGUGAAUCCAGAAAUGCUGCAAGAAGGCUAACGUACUCCUUGGCUGCUGCCUUCCAAGAUUAUUCUAGAAGAGUAAAGGAGUUGCAAGCAUCACAAGAUCCUGAUGAAAGGCCUCCUAUCCUGAAGAAGCGGUUUGCCAUUGACCUGAGAACUCCUGAAGAAAUCGAAGCCGAUUUGGAGACGGAGGCCUGACGUCAAUUGUUUUAUUUUUUGUUUCCUCGUACAAUAUUAUUUUUAAGGCCAGUUUUCAGUUGUUACAACAGGGUGAACUAGACCUUGAAGCGCCGAAAUCGGAACUAAGUGUAAAAAUAUAUAAAUAAGUGUUUUCUCAAACAAAAUCGGAAAUUUGGCCAUUAUUUUGACAACGUUC